AUGGCCAAAGAGCUCGGCCCAAUAUUUGGCUACGACGUGGUUGUUGGAGAUGACAAUUUAAAUAUUGAGGAGAGAUUACAGAGGAAAGAAAUUUGUGGGCUAUGGAGGAGAGUUGUGGAGGAGGAAAAUGGACUGCCGGAGGAGCUGAAGGAAAAGGAAAAUGUGAACUUGUUGAAGUAUUUAACGGAGUUUCCAAGGAGCUUGGUGUUGAAAGAAGUAAGUUGGACAGCCGAACGAGUUGAAACGCUUUAAAUACCUUUCGAUCGUUACCGCAAAGUGCGAGAUCGGAGAUGUGUCGUUCGAAAACGUAAUCAAAAUUAAUGCCAAAUCGCACAGUUGCCUGUUAAUCAUUUUGCCCCAAAGAUUCCCUUAAUUUUGUAUAUUAUUCUUUCAGAAUGACACCUCCAUCUACAUUGAUGCAGUUGUCAUAACGCAUCCAACGUUAUCCUCGACUUCUUCUUCGACAGGCCAGUUUUUCAUUCAAAAGCAAAGCUUUGCAUUACCAGUGGGCUCCACAUAUCGCAAACUCCUUGAAGUAUUGCAAAGCAUCAGCAAGGAUUGUGCUAAUGAUUGUCUUAUAUACAAAAAUAUGUCUGAGAAUCCAGUCGAACUAGAAGAAACAGCAGAAAAUGGAAUCCAUCUUGUUUAUAUGCCAACAGCCGAUGUUGAUGAUACAAAAGCUCCGUUAAAAUUUGAGUUCAACAUCAUUAACGAGUACAGCGCCACCUCUUUUAUUGGUGCGAUUUUGAGAGAUUUCAUGGAAGUUUUGUUCGACUGGGCUGAGGAUUUUGGAAAACUUCAAGAUCAUUUAAUAAAGCAUCGGUUGUUGGCGCAGAAACUGUUUCGAAAGUACGAUGGAGCGGUGAAGAUCUUCGGAAAAUCUAAUGACACCUGGGUGGAGGUUGACGAAGGAUUUGUAAAGGCCCUAAAUGCGUCAGGUAAGCUAUUGUCAUAAGAACUAAAAUUCCACCUUUGGCCUACAAACACGAUACUAGCCAUAAGUCAAGGGCAUGUCUAACAAAAUUUUUGUAUAGAUUUUGUAUCAAAUUUUUACUUGAAGUCGGACUGUUGAAGUUUGGUAGCUUUCUCUUUUAAAAAGCUAACCUCAAAUUUGUAGAUUGUAGGCAAAUUUUUGGACAACACAAACAACCUUCUUUAUGGAAAACGUAUUUUCAGAGUCAUCUCGUCCCGUUCUCCAAGCAGCAAUUGAUUCACGGUCGACAAAAAUCGAUGUCUUUUGGACAUCCGUCUAUUAUAACGGACCUUCACUCAACUGGAAUUUCACCAAAUUGUCGCAAGAGUCAAUCUUGAAAGUCAUCAACCGUCUUCAAGAAACUCUCGACUCGAUCGACAUCUGCAGUGACAAAAUUCUAACUAUCCAACUUCAGAAAGAAUCUCUUACAUCUGAAGAAUUCAAAGUUUUACAAAAUUUUGAUGAGGAAUUAGAAGUCCGCCUGAAUUGGGAUCCGAAAUUCGUUGAGAAAUGGGCUGACGUUGAGCUGAAGCGCUGCGAUUAUUUGAAUAAGCUGGAUCUUCAGAUCUUUCAAAACAUCGAAGACCAAAUUCCUCUGCUGAAAAGUCAAAACGAAAAGUGUUUUGAACUUCUAAGACGCGCUGAAAAAACCAAGCUCGAGGAUCUUCGACGUGCCUUAUAUUCAACGCUGAUUCUGCUGGAAAAGGCCGAGAAAUCGCUGGAAAUUGUAAAAAACGAAAAGCCCGAUAAUUAUCAUCGUUUGAAAGCCGAGCUAACGAUCGCUCAGAAGAAUGUUCAAAUAUUGGAAAAACUAGUGCCGUUGUUGAAGAAUCUGGAGUUGUAUAGAGAAGCCAAAGAGCGAUACGAGAAGAUGAUCCGGAUAAAGUUGGCUCAGCAACAUGUAAAGAAAAAGAAAAAUGCGGAGGUAAGUAGAUGAAUAUUACACUUCAUUUUACAUAUACUGAUCCAUGAUUGACAUACCUUGAGAUAUGUAGGGUCAACACUGACCCAUAACCUUUGAAGCCUUCUCUGGAAACAACCAAAUUCUAGACGAUUUUUCGCUUCAUUUCCUUCGUUGCAAAACAUUUAAAAUAUUCUUUUCAGAACCUCCGGAAGAGCUUUGAAAUUUACAAACGAUCCGAUGAGACCCUGGUUCAGACCUUGAACGAAAUAAAUCGCCUUUCCCGUCCCGAGGCCACUCACAAAUACUCGAUGGAUUUGAAAGUCGGUGAGCUGGGAGUGAGGAUCAAUAAAUGCCUGGCUGUCAAGAAGAAUGGGCUCCUGGAUAGACUUCGGAGAUUUUUGAAAAACCUGAGGACUUGGAAAAAUAAAAAAUAG